AUGUCUUAAAAACAUUUGUUAUUAGCUGCUCUUUUAGGUGUAAUCCUUCUUGCAGCAAGCUUCGCCUAGGCUAAUCCUGAAAGACCUAAGCGUUUUUAUGAUGAUGACAUCCUUGCCAAGCAUAAGGCUCAUGGUCCUCGUCCUGGAUCUGAAAAUGAAAAAUUAUACAUCCACUUAAUUCCUCAUUCUCAUGAUGAUGUCGGCUGGCUUAAGACUGUCGAUCAAUAUUACUAUGGAUCAAAUACUACAAUCCAAUGGGCAGGUGUUUAAUACACAAUCGAUACUGUCUUAGAUGAAUUGCUUAAGAAUUCUACCAGAAAAUAUGUUUAAGUAGAAACUGCCUUCCUUUACAGAUGGUGGAUUGAUUCCCCAGUCGAAAGAUAGGAAUAAUACAGAAAGCUUGUUGAAAGUGGUUAAAUCGAAAUUAUCAAUGGUGGUUGGUGUAUGAGUGACGAAGCUACUCCUUACUAUGAAGAUUUAGUAGACUAAAUGACUGUUGGUCACUAAUGGCUCAAGGAGUAAUUCGGUGAUAAGGGUAUUCCCACUAUUGGAUGGCACAUUGAUCCCUUCGGACAUUAGGCCACUAAUGCAGCACUCUUCAGUUAAAUGGGAUUUAAUGCUUGGUGGUUUUCUAGAAUUGACUACCAAGAUAAAGAUGUUAGAUUGAGUGAAUCUACUAUGGAAAUGAUUUGGAGUCCUGUUCAAGCAAGUGGUGAAGAUAACUACAUUUUCACUGCAGUUAACUACAAUCACUACAACCCUCCUGAUCACUUUAACUUCGAUAUUUUGUCUAAUGAUGACCCCAUUAUGGAUAAUCCCAGAUUAGAAGGAUAUAACAUUGACUGGAAAUCAGCUGAAUUCGUUGAAUAUUUCCGUAAUAUGUCAGCACACUUCAGAUCAAAUCACUUACUUCAUACUAUGGGUGAAGAUUUCAACUACGCCAAUGCUCUUAUGUGGUACAAGAAUAUGGAUAAGUUGAUUAACUAUAUCAAUGCACGUUAAGACUUCUUCAAUGUAGAAAUCUUAUACUCUACUCCUUCAAUUUACUUGGCUGAAGUUAAUAAGCAAAACAUUACUUGGCCCACCAAGUACGACGACUUCUUCCCCUAUGCAGAUCAAAUUCACGGAUAUUGGACUGGUUACUUCACAUCCAGAGUUGCUAUUAAGGGUAACGUUAGAGACAGUGGUAGAUACCUCUAACAUUUAAGAAACAUCUUCUCUGUUGCUAAGAUGACUUCUUCAAGCAAAUUCCUUGAAGAAAACUAUCAACUUUUCCUCAGCAAUCUCGAUGGCUUUGAAUAAAAUAUGGGUAUUUUACAACAUCACGAUGCUGUUGCAGGUACUGAAAAGCAACACGUCGCUUACGACUACGUUUAUAGAUUGUAAAACUCUACUGAUAGAAUUAAUGAAGUUCUCCAUCCUGUCUUGGAAGAAUAUGCUUCUAAAGAAAUCAAUGAAGAAGUUGAAUAUUAUUAAUGCAGAUGGAACACUACUGCUAACAACUGCACUUUUACUUAUGAAGGUUUGAAUUACGGCAGACCCAUUUUAUUGAAUGUCUACAAUCCCACAGUUUCAAGAUCAAUCGUUGUCAAGAUUAAAGUUCCAAAUGUUUCCUUCUCUAUUAUUGACUCUGACAACAAGCACAUUUAUGGUGAGGUUUUCUGUCUUAAUAACUAUGAUAGAACUGACUGUGACUUGUAUUUCGAAGAUAAUUUCGAUGGAUACUCAUAUAAGUAUUACAAGCUCGUCCCUGGAAGUGGAAAGAACUCAGUUAACAACAUUAUUGGAAGACACGUCAGUUUCUAGAAGAAGUCAUAAAAAGUUAAAGUCUCCGAUAAGGUCUCUUUGACUGUUAACAGAUUCAACACCAUUUUCAAAUUAAAAACCUGCUCCAGAAGAACCUCUGAAAAUGAUGAAGAAAACUCAGUCUGCACUGUUAAUGACUUCGAAGUUCUUUAUCACUACUAUCCCGCUUAUUAAGGAUAAGGCUAAAAGUCAGGUGCUUAUGUUUUCAGACCUGCUACUGAAUAUAUUGAUACUCCCACUGCAUACUCUGAGACCAAGAACCAAUUUAUUUUCCAUGGUAAAUUAGUCACAAUCGUUCUUAUCUAAGGUACUCAUACUGACUCUCAACUCAGAGUCUAUGCAAGUGACUACUACAGACACGUAGUUGAACUUGAAACUUUCAUUGGAAGUAUUCCCAUCGAAGACAAGGUUGGUAAGGAAGUCGUUCUCCUUAUUAACACUCCUGUUAUCAAUAACUAGACCUUCUAUACUGACUCUAAUGGUCUUGAACUCCAAAAGAGAAUCCUUAAUUACAGACCUACCUGGAACCUUUCUGUUAAUGAACCAUCAUCAGGUAACUACUAUCCUGUCAACGGUAUGAUCACUAUCUAAGACAUCAACAGUAACAAGAGAAUUUCUUUGGUCAACGAUCGUUCUUAGGGAGGUACUUCAUUGUAAGAAGGUCAACUUGAACUAAUGAUUCAUAGAAGACUACUCUUUGAUGAUGCUAGAGGUGUCGGUGAACCUUUGAAUGAAACUGAACCCUACAAUAACAGUACCGGUUUAACUUAAAGAGUUAGACACUACAUCGUUUUUGAAGAAGGUGACCAAACCUUGUCUAGAAAAAUUUAGACUCACGUUGAUACCUAUCCUAUUGUCUUCUAAUCUCUUUCUUAGACUGCAAAUUUCAAUAAUGUUAGACUCCCUAACAGAUUUAACCCUCUUAAGACUAACACUGAUCCCUUCUUGAAGGUUUACUACAGACCUUUUGGAGAUCUCUAUCUCUUGAGAUUAAAUAAUUUAAAUGAAGUUGAUGCUUCAAGCUACACUCUCCCUGAAGGAGUAGAAAUAGUUGAAGAAGUUACUCUCACUGCCAAUCAAAACAAAAAAGAAUGGGAAGAAAAAAGAUAUAAGUGGACAAUUGAAAAUAGCAGCGAAUAAAAUCUUAAGUUCUCUGAAUCAAGCAGACUCAAUAGACUUCUUUCUCAAGCUGAAUAAUAAGACAAUAAAUUAUAUGUUAAGCCUUUGGAGCUUAGAGCCUUUAUUGUAAGUUUCAACGCUGGUACAUCAUAAUAACAAUAGUGA